AUGAAGAAGGCUCUCUCUGAAGCCGGUAGCUUGUCUGGGUGGGAGUUGAAUGACAGUGAUGACGAAGCGGAGCUCAUACAAUCCAUCAUCAAUGAAUUAUCAAGUCGUCUCAGACCAAGAUCCUUAUAUGUCGCUAAGUAUCCAGUCGGUAUAGAAUCCCAAGUUCAAAAUCUGAUAAGUUUGUCAGAACCAGCUGGCAGUGAUGUUUUGAUGAUAGGUCUAUGGGGACCUGGUGGCAUCGGAAAGACAACGAUUGCUAAGGCACUAUAUAAUGCUAUUGAGAACCAAUUUCAGGGUUGUAGUUUUUUGGAGCGAGUUAUAGAAAAAUCGAACCAAAGCGGUGGUCUUGUUGCUUUGCAAGAACAACUUCUAUCUGAGAUCUUUUCUUGUCCAGAAUUUACGGUCUACUUUGUUGACAGAGGAAUUAGUUUGAUACGGGGAAAGACUAUGUCGCAAGAAGGUUCUCUAGUUCUCGAUGAUAUUGAUGAUAUGGAUCAACUAAAUGCCUUAGCUGGAAAAGGCGAUUGGUUUGGCAAAGGGAGAAUCAUUGUUACAUCAAGAGAUAGACAUUUAUUAACUUCUUAUGACAAAAAUUAUGUGCAUGAAGUCAAAAUUUUGGAAGACAAUGAAGCACAAGACCUUUUGGUCAGCAUGCCUUUACAAACAGCAAUAAAGUAG